CAGAUACAUCAGUUACGCCUGUAUCUCGUCAUACGGAUGUUUCUUGUUCCUGAAAGAUCUUCCGCUAGCCUGGCUCCUAUCUGAGAUCUGGCACUCCGCUUGUAACGUUGAACUUCUCGGCGGUUUUGAUUCCGGAAACGAACAUUGAGCUUGAAACCACCACUAUAAUUCAGCUACUAGUCUCACCAUUACGAUUGCAAAACCCAGCAUUAGAUACACGAUGGUACACUUGUCUACACCCGGACGUGAUCUCGGUUAUUUUAGCACUCGCGAGGUGCGACCACCACUCAAACCCACCACUAGCACAUCCCGCGUGAUACAGUUUCCUAAAAACCAUUAUGAACGCCCACCAAAUAUAGCAGGCGGAUUUAAGCUAUUGCAUUUGUCUCACAAAGCUCCCGGUGUGCGUGCCAACCUGGUCGGUAGUGACAUAACGGCGACUGACUUCAACAUAACCAUUGAAACUUGGGAUCAUUCCGUUUUGUACGAAGCGGAGGCACAAUGGAUCGAGCACAAGUUCGGUAGCAAGGAGUGUUUUUUUGGGCAGUUUGAUACUAGAGAUGUGGAAGAAUACCCUGGGGCGGGGCGCGAAGAGGGAAGACAAGAAUGGAGUAAACGAUGUCGGUUUCCAGACGUGUUCAAAGGAAACGAAGAACCGGAGGUUGUAUGCUGGUUGAAUAGACUUGACAUCGAGACGGGCUGGGAUCGUAACUUUCGAAUCAGCGCUUACGCGACGGGCAUUCGGAGAGAUAGCGCAGCGUUCCAUCUGGAUACUUGGGGCGAUUGCGUGCUCAACGGUGCUGCGCUUUGCUGGAUCGCCUUCCCGAAAGGAAAGAAAAAGGUUGAUUGUGGCAGUUUUUCGACCAACGACGUGCGUCCGUGGCAUGAUGCUAGAAGCAAGAACAGCGCACGAAUCGACUUCAAAAAGGGCUGGUUCGAUAAUCCACCGACUGUAUUGGUGUCUUUGAACAUGUUUGACAUGGCUGGCAACUCAGAUCUCAGGAUACGGGUUGACGCGACUGACGUCGACAAGGAUGGCUUCACAUGGCAUCUGGAUACUUGGGACGAUUCAACGUUAUAUGCUGCGAGCGCAUCUUGGAUUGCUCUUGGUUUCGAAUAAUAGUGCUUUUUUCAGAUCCUCCAAAUCUCAGCGGCAACCAUGUUCAGUGCAACGAUGCGCACAUGCAGUUGCAGUCAAGUUCUGGACACGUUUUAUGUCUGGCAAACCAAUCUCUUGCAUGAUGUCCGUGAAAUGUGUGCCCACAUGUCGAGCACCUAACGGCCUGUCUUGCAAUGCUAUCCUCUUCUUCUAAUUUCUUCGAUGUGGCAGAGUUUAAACGCCGAGGAUCCGGACUAGCGAGUGGCAACGAGCAUAUUCCACACACUGGCAUUUUGUGACCACAGUACGCGCAUAUCUGACCAUUUUUGGCCAAAACUCCAUGUGUGUACUCUCGAGUUGAAGCGCUAGAAGUGACGACUGACCCAUCUGGAGCGUUUUGCAUGGUGCGCUGUGCGAGUGGAUUUAGACAGUGUGGACAGCGUAGGGUAGCUGGGCGUUCAUCGACUGUACCAAACAGGCGGCCAUCGUGGGUCUUGGAAGUUUGAGCGUGAGCCUCGAGAUAUUUCGUGCGUUCAUGGAAUGCACGCCAUGUUUGCAUCUGUAGCUUGUAUGUCUCUUUCCACAUGUCAAAGCGGAAAUCGUCGAGGUAUAGCGGACACGUGAAGGACAUUGCUAGCACGGCUGUUUGCAAAUCAUUAAACUUGCGUAUAUAGUUGGAGAAGAGCGUUAUGGACUGAUCUGAGAGACCAGUCAAGACAAGUCCUUCGAUGUUGCCA